AGGAUCCCCCUGGCAAGGAUGGAACUGAAGGCUGAAGAGGAGGAGGUGGGUGGCGUCCAGCCAGUCAGCAUCCAGGCCUUUGCCAGCAGCUCCACCCUGCACGGCCUGGCCCACAUCUUCUCCUACGAGCGGCUGUCUCUGAAGCGGGCACUGUGGGCCCUGUGCUUCCUGGGCUCACUGGCUGUGCUGCUGUGUGUGUGCACCGAGCGUGUGCAGUACUACUUCCACUACCACCACGUCACCAAGCUCGACGAGGUGGCUGCCUCCCAGCUCACCUUCCCUGCCGUCACGCUGUGCAACCUCAACGAGUUCCGCUUUAGCCAAGUCUCCAAGAAUGACCUGUACCAUGCUGGGGAGCUGCUGGCCCUGCUCAACAACAGGUAUGAGAUACCAGACACGCAGAUGGCCGAUGAAAAGCAGCUGGAGAUAUUGCAGGACAAGGCCAACUUCCGAAGCUUCAAGCCCAAGCCCUUCAACAUGCGUGAAUUCUAUGACCGUGCGGGACACGACAUUCGAGACAUGCUGCUCUCCUGUCACUUCCGGGGAGAGGUCUGCAGUGCCGAAGACUUCAAGGUGUUCCCUGGUAACAGAAAGCCCCUGAAGAAGAUGCCCAUCCAGAUCUUCUGCUCUGUGUCGUUCUCCUCUGGAGAGGAGGCCCCGGGGCCCUUGGGAGAUGCUUGGGGUCCCCAACAGCAGCAGCACCCUCGGAACAACUCAGAAUCAGAAGAGGAGGAAGAGCAGAAGAAGAUGUUGAGGAAGGACGCCAGUGAAGGGGAUCCGCCUGUGGACUUAGUGGCCUUCGCCAACAGCUGUACCCUCCAUGGCGCCAGUCAUGUCUUUGUGGAAGGGGGCCCAGGGCCAAGGCAGGCCCUGUGGGCAGUGGCCUUUGUUCUGGCCUUGGGUGCCUUCCUAUGCCAGGUAGGGGACCGCAUUGCUUAUUACCUCAGCUAUCCGCACGUGACUCUGCUAGAUGAAGUGGCCACCACAGAGCUCGCUUUCCCAGCGGUCACGCUCUGCAACACCAACGCCGUGCGGCUGUCCCAACUCAGCUACCCCGACUUGCUCUACCUGGCCCCCAUGCUGGGGCUGGAUGAAAGUGAUGAUCCUGGGGUGCCCCUUGCUCCACCUGGUCCAGAGGCUUUUUCUGGGGAGCCCUUUAAUCUGCAUCGUUUCUACAAUCGCUCCUGCCACCGGCUGGAGGACAUGCUGCUCUAUUGCUCCUACAGCGGGGGGCCCUGUGGCCCUCACAACUUCUCGGUGGUCUUCACACGGUAUGGAAAGUGCUACACAUUCAACUCGGGCCGAGAUGGCCGGCCACGGCUGAAGACCAUGAAGGGUGGGACAGGCAAUGGGCUGGAGAUCAUGCUGGACAUCCAGCAGGACGAGUACCUGCCAGUGUGGGGGGAGACUGAUGAGACGUCCUUCGAGGCGGGCAUCAAAGUGCAGAUCCACAGUCAGGAUGAACCUCCCUUCAUCGACCAGCUGGGCUUCGGUGUGGCCCCGGGCUUCCAGACCUUUGUGGCCUGCCAGGAGCAGCGGCAGCUCAUCUACCUGCCCCCACCCUGGGGCACCUGCAAAGCUGUGGCCAUGGACUCGGAUUUCUUCGACUCCUAUAGCAUCACUGCCUGCCGCAUCGACUGUGAGACACGUUACCUGGUGGAGAAUUGCAACUGCCGCAUGGUGCACAUGCCAGGGGAUGCCCCGUACUGCACUCCAGAGCAGUACAAAGAGUGUGCAGACCCUGCCCUCGACUUCCUGGUGGAGAAGGACCAGGAGUACUGCGUGUGUGAAAUGCCCUGCAACCUGACCCGAUACGGCAAGGAGCUGUCCAUGGUCAAGAUACCCAGCAAAGCCUCAGCCAAGUACCUGGCCAAGAAGUUCAACAAGUCUGAACAGUACAUAGGGGAGAACAUCCUGGUGCUGGAUAUUUUCUUUGAAGUCCUCAACUAUGAGACCAUUGAGCAGAAGAAAGCCUACGAGAUUGCAGGGCUCCUGGGUGACAUCGGGGGCCAGAUGGGGCUGUUCAUCGGGGCCAGCAUCCUCACUGUGCUGGAGCUCUUUGACUACGCCUACGAGGUCGUUAAGCACAAGCUGUGCAGACGCGGGAAGUGCCAGAAGGAGGCCAAGAGGAGCAGCGCAGACAAGGGCGUGGCGCUCAGCCUGGACGACGUCAAGAGACACAACCCGUGCGAGAGCCUCCGGGGCCAUCCUGCCGGGAUGACGUACGCUGCCAACAUCCUACCUCACCAUCCGGCCCGAGGCACGUUUGAGGACUUUACCUGCUGAGCCCCGCAGGCCACUGUACCAAAGGCCUAGGUGGGGAGGGCUAGGAGAGCAAGGGGUCCCAGCUGCCCCCCACAUCCACCCUGGGGACUCAUCUGCACUUCCGGGCAGUCCUUUCCUCUUGUCUGUGAUGAGGAAGGAGUCGGCCACAGAGUCCUCUCCCGGCCUCUAUCCCAUUCUUUUUAUUUUAACAAAACUAAACUAAUCUGAACAAGAGAACGGGGCAGGGGACCUCAGGCUGCCCCUCUCUGCUCCAUGCUGCCUCCCCUAGCGCCCAGCCUGAGUUGUGUCUGUCUGGUUGUCAGUCAUCUGAGUGUCCACCUACAUUCCGCUGCCACCAGUCACCAAAGCCCCCUCCCAGUGAGGGGUGGAGGGAAUCCCUGGGGUCUGGAAUUUGGCCCCAAACCAGAGAAUGUACUUUGCGGGGGAGGGCUAGUAGGGAGGGUUCCCCAGCCUUAAGAGACCCUCUCAGCCAGUGACUCCCCCAAACCCAAAUCUCCAGGCAGGAACUAAAACCCCAUCCUCCUCUCUCACACCAUGUGGAAUUUCUAGGGGUGAGGGGUCCCCUGUAGUGGAAAUGGGGACACGAUAUGGCCCUGGUGCUGUAGGCCACAUCCUGAUACCUACAAGUCCACCCCGCGCCCCCCAACAGCCCUCCUCCACAUCCCCAGAAAGACCUGGCUGGUUAGCUCCAGCUCAGGGUGAGGGGCACUGGUGCCUGGCCUCACCGGCCCCUCCCCCAGAAGGCCCUCUGCAAGGGCCACAUCCAUAAAUUUUCUUAUGGAACUCCCCAAGUCCUCUCCUCCAACUUCAUUUGCUUCUUUCGACAACCUCAUCUGCAUUUUCUAUUUCUAUAUGAUACAGACUCUAUAUUGCUAUAUCUCUGUAUAUACUUCCCUCUGACCCUGUCUGUCUCCACCCAUCCCCUCUUGUCUCCGACAACCAUCCUCACACCCCAACUUCCCCCUUCUGUGUUUCCUCCCCUCCCCUGUCUGAAUGCCUUCGCCUGUAUAAAGAGUUGGAUUCUCUCCCCUGGUGUCUGUACUGUGUACACACAUCCCUCUGAGAAGCACAAGGAGACGACACGCGCAUUGUAACCUUCGCACUGUCUCGGUGGCGACAUAAAGGAAGCUGUGAAUCACAA